AUGGGCGUCAAGGGCUUGACAUCGUUUGUCAAGCAGAUCCAGCAUGUCGUGUCGGAGGAGGUGACCAUCCCGACCAAAAGCGCUGGCGAUGCAGCGAGCUCGUCGUCGGCCGCUUCGACUACUACAGGCCCUUUGAUCAUCGAUGGCUGGGCCUGGAUCUACCGGGCGUACCUUGACCACUUUGUCGAGUCUCUUCGUGGUGGCGACUAUGUCGGCUACAACCUGUACGUCCGUCAUUUCGUCAAUGCCCUCCGCCAAGCCUCGCUGGAGCCCAUUUUUGUCUUCGACGGACCGUAUCUGCCCCUCAAGAUCCCCACCGUUUUGUCGCGACUCGGAGAGACGGCUUCCAACAACUCGGCGUUCAUGCGCUCUUCGUCUCGAUCCAAGCCAGGCUUUCAGGUCUCAAUGGGCGUCUUCCCGCCCCUACUCUACGACUGCACGCUCGAUGCGCUCCGUCAGUGCAAAGUGCAGAUCGUCGUCGAGCAGAUCGAGGCCGACAGCGCAGUGGCCGAGCUCGCCGACAGGAUGAGCGGCUGGGCCGUCAGCAACGACUCGGACUUUUUCGUGCUCUGUGCGCGAGGAUCCCAAUGUCGAGGCUACGUGCCCAUCGACUCUCUUGCUUACCUCGUCCAGCCACCAGCUACGCAACAGGACAAGGACCAUGGAGCUGUCCACGCAGCCGCCGGCGAAGCCUUUGAAGACGAUGGCUUCGCACAGGUCGGAAAAGGUGGCAAGGCCAAGGGUCGAAGAGGUGCAAAGGUGGCCGUGCCGGCGCAGGCUCAGCUGCAGACGCUGAAUCGCCCUCCGCAGACGGCAGCGGAUGGCGUGUUGAGCGGAAUUCGCUUCACAUCGUACUCCUCCGUGAAGCUCGCUGCUGCGCUCGGCAUUCCGCCCUCCAUGCUCCCUCUGCUUGCAGCGCUCGUCGGCAACGACUACACGGCAAGCAUCCAGAGGCGUAUCCUGGAUCCUGCGCUUCCCUACGGACCCCAACGCAUCACGUUCAUCGCCAACGCCAUCAAGACCGAGACUCUGCGCAUGGCCUCCUCGGGCAAUCGCACGCCUGCUCUUCGAUCGGGCGCUGCCACGCCGUCUGCCUCCCGCACCGGACUUGGUCGAAGCGGUGCCAGCUGGGGCGCGCUCUCUGCUCGAGGUGGUGGCUCUGCCAUGACCUCUGCCACAGCUACCCCCAUCGGCGACACAAUGUACCCCAAGCUUGACGAGGCGCUGGCGGCGCUGGCGCUCAAUGACCCCGUCCGAUUCAUGGUGCAGAGCGUAAUUGAGCGCAUCCUAACUGGCGUUGCGCAGCACACUCGGGAUGCAUACGUUACGUCGGGAGAGCAGGACCAGCUGGUCGACGCAGUGAUCGACUCGGUGGCUACGUACUCGCUCCUCACCGACGCGUCUGCUGUGCAUCGCUCCACCCCCAGCGCCGAAUUCUUUGCAGGAGCGCAAGGCGACAAGCCAGCGUUCAGGAAGGGGCUGCAGAAGUAUCGCAAGGCCUACGACGACGGCCACUUUGACCGCAUGCUCGUCGAGUCGCUCACCCAGCGUAUCUGCACCAACCGAAUGGGGCCCGAAGAUCCAGACCAAAAGUCGAUCCAGUCGACGCACGCCCGCGACCUGCGCAGCUGCACCACCUCCACACUCUUCGCCAGCUUCGGCAUGGCCUGGGCGCGCGAGACGCUCGAAGAGCCACUGCCUCUGUCGGACCCAUCCGCGGAUGACGAGCUCGGCGAAGGCAGCCAUACGGGUGCCAUCCCGAUCCUUGCCGGGCCCGGACCGAACAAGGUCAACUGGGACGAGGAGGGUGAUCCGGACGAGCUGAUUCCUGUGCAGACCCCGCCCUCGUCGUUUGGCAGCUCCAUGUAUCAGGGCGACGACGGAGACGAGGAUGACGAAGAGGACGAAGAUGAGGUCAAGUCUCGGCCUGGUUCCGCUGCUGGCUUUGUCGACGAUGAGGUGGAGGGCAGAGUCAAGCCUCCGCCAGCCGUCUCAGACUACUGCCGCAAGGGCGAUCGAUACGUUGCCGACCUGGCCCCGAUCCUCAGCUUCGAUGCACUGGUCGCCAAGCAGCGCGGCGAACUCGGCAUCGAGCCACCACAGGCUCUGCGGAAAUACUUGCGCGCUCUCUAG